AUCGUAGAUUUUGUAUAUUAAGCAAAUAUUGCCAUCAAGUAACAGUUCUACGUACUAAAAAUAAAAAUAUUUUUGUUUUUAUUACGAACUCGACCGUUUUCGUCUAGAUUUUUGUGUGUAUUAUAUUUCUGUAAAAGAUUUUUGCAAUUCUAUAAAGCCAAUUAAAAAAUUAGUUUAUUUAAAAAAUGUCAAUAAAACAGAUGGUUUUAGGAUCCCCCCUUAAGAUCAUUAAUUAAUGUCUAAGAACCAUUCUAUAAUUGCGUAAGCAUGAUCGUAAACGGUUGUAAAGUAUCUGUAUGUAUCGGCCAUGUAAAAGAAAAAUUGUGACAUGCAUAAACAUAUGAACAAAUUCUUGUUUAUUACUUUCUAUGUUCUAGAACAUCAUGAAAAAUGAAGUUCAAUCUCUCACAUGUUUUACAAUUAAAAAUGCUAGUUUAAAACUGCGUCUUACGACACUUUAAAACUACGUUAAAAUCAGCUAUGCUUAUGCAAUUGUAGAAUGACCCUCAAAAUAUCAUCAAUUAGUUACAUGUUACAGAACCGUAUUAAGAGUUUAAGGUAUAUUACUUAAAAUUAUUUUGAAAAGAUUCGACUAUGAAUAUUUCCUUUGAAUAUAAUUGAUCACAAAGUGAUCGAAAUAAUAUACAGAUACCAUAUUAAUUUCUAGUCUUAGCAUGUAAGCUAGAAAGCAACUUGGCCAGAAAUCGUUCCAAAGAAAUGAAUAAAGAAUUAAAUAUCUUCAUAUUCGUAUAAUUUGGUUUCAUAUUAUCGAAUGCGAGAUGAAGAUUGACAUAAAUGUGAUAUACGGUGUCUAUGAAAGUGUAUAAUAAUUAGCUGUAUAUAGAACUGUGUUAUGUAGAAUACCGAGAAAGAUUUUAUUUAUACAAUUUUAUGAUCGCAUGUAGCCAAAUACAAAUUUGUCACGAAGUCAACAUCAUGUGUCGUAUACAUUUUUUUUAAUAUAAAAGAAUUUAUACACAUAUAUGCACAUACUUUUCCUUGAAUUCCUUUUUCAAAUGAUAGUAUUAAUCAUACAAUUUUAUCCAAUCGCUUUUCUUAAAUUGAUUACACUCAUGACACAUGUAUUCAGAUAAGUUUCGAAUGCCAUUAAUAGUUUCCAUUUCAAUACUAAGUGAUUUCUGUAAGCAUUAACAAAAUAACUUUUUCUAGUUUGAAAGAAAUAAACUCGAAACUUUAAGAAGAUUUUUUAAUAAAAAGUGAAUGGAAGUCGAGUAAUUUUUCAUUUAUAUAUAUCUUUUAAUGGAUGUAAUCAAUAGGUUUGUUCUGGUUGCCUACACUUUUACACUUCUACGAAAAGUAUAAGUUCUCAUUGGCUGGUUAAAAAUAUAAACCAAUAAGAACUUAUAUUUUUCGUAGAAGUGUAAAAGUGUAGGCAACCAGAACAAACCUAAUAGAAUUUCAGUUGGGAGAGAAAAGAAGAAAACAAAAUUUAAAUUUCUUUUAACCUCUGCUAGUCCUAAUUUUUUAAGUCUUCUUCUUUUUAACUUUUAUUAUUCCUCCUAAGAAAUAAAACUUGUAUUGGCCAUGCGUUUAACUUUUUGUCAUGAAAAUCAUUUUUAUAAUUAAUUUUUUUCUUCUUGUGUCACACAAAAUAUAAGGGAAGACAAGUGCCACUUCCUUUUCCUUAUGCACGUUUACAUUUUUUAACAAAGGACUUUGGCAUUUCCAUCUUCAGAUAAUAAAUAAUAAAAAUUUAAACAAUGAAAGCUUAAUAAUAAUUUAUUAUUCAAAUAUAUUAUUUAAAAAUAUUUUUUAUAAUAUUGAUAAAUGAUGUAAAAAAAAUAAAAAAUUGUUUAUAAUAAUGAUUGAAAUAUAGUAAUAAGUUUCUACAGUUUCACUCAUGUAAUGUCAUAUUUAAAAAGAAUUGUACAAUUUAUGAAUAUUUUACAUCUUACACAAAAAUAAUACGAUAAAAUUAAUUAAAAAAAUUAUCUAUUUGAGUCAACGUUAUUAUUUUGAGUUAUAAAAAUAUAUAUUAUACUACUAUCGCAUUCAAUCAAGAUAUAUAGUAAUUAAUAUAAGAUGUAAUCAUUAGCUAAGACAAGCAAGUUUUUGGAUUUAAUUAUUAUUCUCGGAAUAAAAUAAAAGAUUAUUAUUCUUAUAUUAUUUAUUCAUUUUUUAAUUCUAAAAUGUUUUUAAAACUUCGUUUUUUUAUUAAUAUAAUUUUUCAAUAUCUUAUAUUUAGUUUGCAAGAUUAAAUUAUUUAAAACUCCCAUAACUUUCUCAAUGUUAUUUUAGAAAGUUAUUAAAAAAAAAUAUGUGGUCAAAAAAUUGAAAAACUCAGGAAUGCUGAUAUAAUCUGAUUUUUUUAAAAAGUAAUUGUAAUUAUGUGCUUGAAUAAUUUUGUUUUAGAAAUUUCUAGAAUCACCUAGAUUGAAAAUUUGAAGUAAAUCCUAGCUCGCACUCUCUGGUUCAAUGGAUUGCUUGAUGUUUUUAAUUUUCUAAUAUUUAUAUUACCGGCAUAUUUUGGCACUUGCUAUAAGCCUAAAAAGUGGCUCAAUUCAGUCUUGCUGCAAGAAAUAUAAUAAUUAGUAGUGCAAUACAUUUGUUUCAGUCGAGUUAAAAUAUGUUUGAUGGUCCAUGGGAUUGAAAUUACAUUAGAAAUUACAUUAGAAAACAAAAACAGAUACAUUUUAGUUCAUUGUUUUAAACUUAAACGCAUAAGUUAUUAAUAUUAACUGAAUUAUGUUUAUAAUAAUUUUUUUUUUUUUUUUAAUAAGUAAAUACGUAAAUUGUACAUUAAAGGUAUGUUAAUGUUGCAUCCAUAAUUUCGACUAAUCGUUUUUUUUACAGAAGAAAUGAAAAACUAAAAAGUCAAUAUUUUGUUCUAAUUGAACAUCUUUUUAUUAGCUUGUACCACUCAUAUUUAAAUCUUGUGUAAUAGGCAUAAUUAAGAAACCAAUGCAUAAUCCAUUACAUCACGUUUGUCUCAGCAUAUUUAGAUCUGUUACUUAAAAAUUGCUAAAACUGGGGUGACUGAUUUAAUAUACUUUUUAAAAUAAAUUGUGGUAUAUUAUUUUCUUUUAUUCCUUGCAAAAAUAACCGUUACUUAAAAAAAAAUUAAAAACUGAAAACCUGCUUUUUUUAGUAUGAGGACAGACUUUUCUGUCUUUUCCCAUUGAUAGUGUGGCAAAUUAAGGACAUAAAAAUAAGUGUGAUGAGUUAGGAUUAAUAACCCUAUCUCUGAUUUCCUAGUGCCUCUCAGUAAAAGUCCUACGAACAGGUCAGCGGUCAAUGCCACAAUUUUCAUCUGCCCUUCAGUUUUCCCUCCCCACCCUCAGCAUUCUGAAACUGUGAUCGGCGGCGCCCGCGGCCCGCAGUCCGCGGCGGCUUUGUACCACUUUGUACUCCCGUGCGGCCGUACGGUUCACUCGAUAAAGGCAGUCCCUGACUGUUUUCAGACACGCCGGGAAUGCCGGAAUUGGGAAACCUACUCUCUCUCGCUCUCUCUCUUCUCCCUUCCCCGUCUUCCUAUCCUUUGUUCCGCUCUUCCGAAUGUGACCCGCCCUUUUUUCCCGGAUUAUACUUCCCGUGUCUCAAUCGUCGUUCGUUGUCUCGCAGUCAUGUGACCAAAGUCGACUCGAAUCAUAGGAAUCAUUGCCGGUCAAGUGAGCAAUAGUAGUACUGCAAGUUACCGCGCGUGUACCGGACAUCUUACUGGAACAACGGACAGCUUGGACUACUGGACUCACUCUCACUGCCAAGCGAUACACGUGGCCGGGACAUCCAGGGACAUCAGCAGUGACGUGCCGGUACACUUUCCGGAAGAAUUCUGCUAGUGUACACCGUGUGCGGUUUCCCGUGUGGGAGAUCAUAAUCGUCAUAACCAUCGCGGAAGUAGAGAAGCACGUACACGCACACGAACGAGCCUUAUCUGCGAUUCUUGCACAAGCAGACGUUACAUCGAAAGAAAAUGACGGGACAGGAUCAAACCGGGGACGAGAAUUUAAAGAAGGAAGCGGAUACUUUAACUGUGAUUACGAAGGCAACGUGUGAGGACAACGAUGAUGUGGAUUACACGGAUUAUCGCUUUGAAAUCGCGAGAUUGAAUUCUUUCGUCGACUGGCCAAAGCAUUCCGUUGAUCCCAAGAAACUCGCGGCCGCCGGUUUCUUCUACACCAAAAGAGGUGAUGUGGUAAAAUGCUUCGCAUGCUUGAUUGACAUGGCUGAAUGGGAGGAGGGCGAUGAUCCCAUGAAGGAUCAUCAGCGUUGGUCCGGGAACUGCCCUUUCGUCCGCGGUACCUCUUGCGGGAAUGUUCCGAUCGGCCUCGAGAAUUCUAGCUCGAUCCCCAAAAGACCCAAACGAAUGGAUACCUGCGGAGUUUACGGCGUCAAGUAUAUGCCAUGUUCUGGUCCGGACGAUGAUUUGCAGACGGAAAAAGCCAUAAAUUCUGUCUUAGUCCAUCCAGAGGUAAAUGACGAUAUCGAAAUCGCAGUCUUCUGGGAUUCCAACACAAAUGCCAACUUCAAAGCCAAGGUCGGCGACGUAUUAGGUUCGAAGGAGCCCACAUAUGCCUCUUACGAGCGGAGAUUACGUUCUUUCGCGACGUGGCCCGAUAAGAUGCAUCAAAGAAAGGAAGACUUAGCGGCCGCCGGUUUCUUCUACUUUAACGGCCUUUUUUCGCCUUCCGAUCAAACAAUGUGUUUCUAUUGUGGAGGAUGCCUAAAGGACUGGGAACCGAAGGACGAUCCUGUAGAGGAGCACAUUAAGUGGUUUCCUAAGUGUAAAUUUAUCCAAAAAGUAAUAGCAGAAAGGUUGAAGAAGAAGAAAGAGGACUUGUGUACAUUAUGCACAACGGAGCGGACGGAUCAUGAAACUUGUAUCACAAAUAAGACUGUUACGACUACUACUACUACUACUACUAGUGUUUGUUAAUAUUUGAAACAAUAUAGGUGAACAUUAAAAAAAAUUUUUUUUAAACAUCCAUAUUUUGUCAUUUAUAUUAUUGUUAGUUCCUUGAAUAUUGUGCUUUAAAUACUUACUCACAUAUAUCAUAAUAAACGAUCGAGUGUUCUUUUAAGUAAUUUAUUGCGAGAAAUAGAUUAAUAGUACAAUCGCAAAGAGUGUAUUUUGUCUUCAAAUUUGGUAUGUCUAUAUUGCAUCAAUCUACCGUAAAAAAGAUAUAUUUAAACGCGUUGAGGUAUCUGUAUGAGGACGAUUUGUAAUAAUCUAAUUUAAUAAACGACAUUUAAUGACAUGAUUCAUUAAUGAGUGGAUCAUAUUGAUAUAUAUGUAUAUUGAAAAAUAACAUUGAUACUUCUAUUGUAAUACGAACUUAAUUUUUAUAAUAAAAUUUGAAGCUAUCUAUAUAUUUAUUAAAACAAAUGAGUAAUAUAAUAAAUAUUUAUUUAAGUUUUAGCAUCAGAAGGAGCGCAUGCGAUAAAUUUUAUCAAUUGACUAUAUCGGUAUACUGACAGUAUUAUAGCGAAUAAAUAUAUAUAUUUAAUAUGAAUAUGUAGUUCCUCAUCAAUGUAUUAUAUUAAAAAUUAUUACACCAUUAUAAAAAAAUCAAUGUGGAUUAUAAGAUAUAAAUUAUACUGUGAGGAAAUACUUACAAUCUGAUAUUUUUUAAUUAAAUAUUUUGACUUUUUAUUCAAUAUCACUUUUAUUUGCUACGUAUGUCAACAGAUUAGAUAUUAAUAGAUUCGAUUUUAUUUAUGAUUACAUAGCUAAUUUACAAAUGCCAUGUCGUUUUUAAAACACGAUCAGCAAAAAUAAGUUGAAAUGAAAUAUUUGUGCUCCGUUGUGCAUAAAAAUAAAAGUUUCGAGAUAUAAAAAACCAAAUAAUAUAAAAUUCAGAUAAGAGUAAAGAUGGGGAUUUUUAUUUCUGAUAUUAAAAGUUUCAGUUAAUUUGCGAAAUGUACAUACGCGGAAUGUUUAACUAAAUUAGAUUAUUAAAUUGUCCUCGUGCCUUGAUUUUUAAUUUCUUCCUCAGAAAAUUAUCCAAAGCACGCAUUUAUUAGAAACCCAUAAGAAAUGGUAAUUUUAUUUUGUGUGUAGUAUGUACAUACAUGUAUAUAUAGAUGUGACAAUAAAUAUCUAUACACCUGUGGUUUCUUUUAACGUGAUUUUUACACAUAUAUUUUUUAUUGAAAAUCAACUGCCGACUAUUUUUGUAAGAAAAAUUAAAUAAAAUAUAAAUUGUUAAACA